AUGCGUUUCCCUUCAGGCAUGAACAUACAAGACGACGACAGCAUCAGUCCUGAUGGAGGAACGGGCGACGAUGCAUUCUCAGCAGAGACUGAAGAGGACAAGAAAAAACGACGACAGGAUCGGCAUAGAACGUUGGAGAGGCGCCGGCGCGAGCGAACGCAAGAAUUGCUGAACCAGAUCCAGGCUGAAAUCGAAAGACAAACGGGUAGAAGGCAGCCAGGAGCCUCCAGCUUCACUCUCAACAAGGCGCUCGCUCAUGUCGUAACCCAUGUUCGUAGAGUCCGUGACCAGUCGGACAAGAAAGAUAGCUCGCAGGACCCGGAGGCAGCUCUCGACCUGUCUGCCUUAGGUCUGGGGGAAUCAAAGCCGGUGGAGGAUCCGGCGGCUACCGAGGACAUGGAACUACUCAAGGCAGCUGUGAUGGCUUGCGAGUCUCCGAUCGCAUUUGUUUGCAUGGACGGGGGAAUCAUCGAGACGAAUUUCGCCUUCGGGGACAUGCUGGGGUACUCAACUGAAGAGCUGUGUGGAAACACUUUGUACAUGCACUCGGUGCCAGAAGACAUGGCGCACUUGAUGUCAGCUGUUUGCGAUCUCAUCACGCACAAGAGCACGCAGGUUGAGCGACAGAUUCGCCUACUUCACAGGCAAGGCCAUCAUGUCGAAUGCAAACUGGACAUGUUCGGGAACAAGGCAAAGGAUAAAGUGUAUAUACUGGUGUACGCCACAGAAGUAAAUCCGAGCCCCCAGCGUCAACAAAUCCUUCAUGUCAGUCUUGAGAAUGGAAAAGUCAACAACAAAUCUUCUGGUAGGCAAGCGAUCACGAACGCUCAGAUACAGUCAGAUUUGUAUCAGCAUGGUCACUUCUUCCCGUCAGGCAACGCUCAUCAGCAGCAGAUCGCCGCACACCCUGUUCCCCCUGCCCAAGAGGCGAAGCCGCACGUUGACACAGCCAACCCCAUCCCCAACGUGUUUCACCAUGGGCCUGCCGUUGGGUCCGAAGGGUGGCGAUCAGAUCGGCCUCAGGGGCUCGGCGGGUUGAACAAUCACUUCCCGUCACCUAUGCUGAAUCAUCAGACCCCGAUGACGCAGAACUACGGCCAAGCAAACCUUGCGAUCCCAGGAUGGAACCAGCAAAUGCAAGUGCACCAACAAUUUGGAGUGGCGCGAACAAGCGAGCAGCUCCCAUCCAACGUUGCAAAACCACCAACAAGCUCCCCUGUCGUCGAUGCGUCCAGGAAGAAACCGUUGGACAUUCAGACGACCAACAUGUUGUCGUCAGACCCGGUGGGCUUGAGGCCGAAUGGCGGGAUAGCGCAAGUAGGAGGCAACCACGUCAAUGGUGCGGCAUGGUUUGGUCUUGCUCAUACUCCACACGCGCCCCUCACUCCACAUGGGCUGUUGAACCAUCAGCCACACACACCAGGCAGCAAUUCUUUGCAUGACGACCUGCUGUGGCUGGAGGGCAACGACCUCGACAGCAAUCCUCUCCUGGAGGGAGGAGCCUCGGUGGCAGCAAGUCACUCUGUCGACUCGUUUCCCACAGGCCUGAUAUCUGCUCAUCGCUUUCUGAGUUCUAUAUGA